AUGCAGUUCUCCAUCGCCAAGGUCGCUUCCCUCUUCGCCCUCGUCUCCGUCGCGACGGCCAACCUCCACGACAACUGCGCCUGUGACAACGGCGACAGCUACAACUGGCGCAUCACCACCAAGGCUUGCGAGCUCUACAGCUCCAAGAACUACCAGUGGGGUGUCGGUGUCUACGACGCUCCUUCCGGACGCUGCGUCAAGAAGACCGACAACGACCAGCUCGCCGGUAAGGAGUGGGAGGCUGCCUGCCGUGAGGUCGCCAGCACCGGCUUCGACUGUGCCGAUGGCAAGGGCCUGUACUGCAAGGCCAACCCCGACGACGUUCGCGGCCGCUGCUAA